UCUGUCGUCACUUCCGUCCGAGCUGACUCUAGCUUGCAUCAUUUCUCGUGUCUCGGCAGCCGGUUGCAGUACAUACGCCAUGGUGCAGCCAGUACCUGAAUCCAUCAACUUUCCUUCUGAGGAGGAGAAGAUCCUGCAAUUUUGGCAAGAAAGGGACUGUUUCCAGGAAUGCCUCAAGCAGUCCAAGAACAGACCCAGGUACACCUUUUAUGAUGGCCCUCCUUUCGCCACCGGUCUGCCGCACUACGGUCACAUUCUAGCUGGUACCAUCAAGGACAUUGUUACUCGCUUUGCCCAUCAGAGUGGCUUCCAUGUGGACCGGCGCUUUGGCUGGGAUUGCCAUGGCCUGCCUGUGGAAUAUGAAAUCGACAAAACCUUGGGGAUCAAAGGACCUGACGAUGUGGCCAAGAUGGGCAUCACUGAGUACAACAGGCAGUGCAGAAACAUUGUUAUGAGAUACUCUCAUGAGUGGGAGACCUCAGUGAAAAGAAUGGGCCGAUGGAUUGACUUCAAGAAUGACUACAAGACUCUUUACCCGUGGUUCAUGGAGACCGUCUGGUGGGUGUUUAAACAGCUGUACGACAAGGGUCUGGUAUAUCAGGGGGUUAAGGUCAUGCCUUACUCCACUGCCUGCAACACCCCCCUCUCCAACUUUGAGUCAAAUCAGAACUACAAGGAUGUCCAAGAUCCCUCUGUGAUUGUCAAUUUCCCUUUGGUUGAGAGUGAGAACAUCUCUUUGAUCGCUUGGACAACCACACCUUGGACCCUGCCCAGUAACCUGGCCCUCUGUGUCAACCCAGAGUUCCUGUAUGUCCAGGUUAAAGAUAAUACCACAGAUAAGACUUACAUUAUGAUGGAAGCCAGGCUGGGAGCUCUUUUCAAGUCUGAGAGUGAAUAUACCAUUUUGGACAAAUUUCCUGGAAAGGUCCUAAAAGGAAAAAAGUACAAACCACUUUUUCACUACUUCAUUAAGUUUGCAGAGAAAGGAGCAUUCCAGGUACUGACGGAUAACUACGUCAAGGAGGAGGAGGGUACCGGGGUCGUCCACCAGGCCCCUUACUUUGGAGCCGAUGAUUACAGGGUAUGCGCAGAAUACAACAUCAUCCAGAGAGACCAAGCUCCGAUCUGCCCUGUGGAUGCCUCCGGUUGCUUCACCUCAGAGGUCACAGAUUUUGCUGGACAGUACGUCAAA